AUGGUCGAUCACAUCGCUCAACCCCCGAGCUUUGACAAAAGUCGUCCUAACAACGAGGAGAAUGAAGAGCUGGGCGACGAUGAACCGAGGAACCAGAGAAAUGGGUGGAUGGAGACUACAAGCACAAUGAUCAGUGACAGACUUAAUGUUCUCAUCGAGGAGUUUGAGGACCGAAUCCAAGACUGUACCAUGAGUGUGGAAGGCAUGACCAUCGCAACACAGUGGGCCCAGGGUGAUACAAAUGUGGACAUUGCAACUGCCACAGGCCGUGAUUCCAGACAAAUGCGAUCCAUUGCUUUGGUGACGAUGAUCUUCCUGCCCGGGACAUUCUUCGCCGCAUAG